GGUUAAGAGCAGAGAAGUGGUUGUUGGCAAUUGUUGUUGUAGUUCAUUGUUAAUGCAGCGCAUUAUGUAUGAUGUGUGAUCAAUCACAGUGUACCUAAUGACUUGUCACUUCGACUUUUAGUUUAUGUUAACCAUUCUAUGACAUGCAGCCGAACCGUAGCAGUAAGGAGCAGUAUUUACAGUAUUAUUCCAAGCUGCUCAUGCAUUUUCAUUAUAGUUAGACCUCUUAGGUUUCCACAGUAAGUACAUUUUUGUGUCAUUAAAAAUUGUUCAUUGAAAACGAUCAUUGGCAUCGCCACACAAUGGAUCCUUUUGAGAGGAUUGAAGCAGAACCAGAAAUGAGUUCAGAUGAAAACCAAGGAAGAAAUCCAAUGGAAAAUGACAGCUCCCUGGAUAGUGCACCGAUACCUACAGUAGGGGACGUUAAUUUAGACAAAUUUAUGGUAAAUAUGGCUGUGAUAGACACUGUGCCGGAGGAACAGCAGGAUUCAGAGCUGAAGGAUUUAGGUUUGUCAGUUUACGAUCAAGAAACUUUUGAAAAAGGAAUUCUUCAGCAAGUUGACCGAGCUGUAGAAGAUCAGAAGCGGAAACAUGCGAUGGGAAAAGUGGAAAAAGAACUAAAAAAUGUGUCUGAUGAGAUUCAGUCCCAUGAACAAACCAUAAGAAAGAAUGAAACAUUGGCUAGAGCAUUACUUGCUGCAGGAGCCGAAGGACUCCAACGGAGUAUCCUUAUUAGGAAGGACACAGAACUGAAACAAAAGCAGCUCAAAGUUCUUCAUGUAAAGCAAACAGGUUUGGAGAAGAAGAGACUACAGCUUUCAUUGCCAGAGACAACUGAAGACAAGUUGGAAAAUGUUUUGUCAGGCGAGGAUGAUGAUGAUGAUGAUGGCGAUAACAGACACUGCAAAGGUCUGGCAGAUUUAUUGGGAAAUGAUGGUGGGAGAAAAGAGACAGAAAUGGAGAAAAAGAUUCGUCUUGGUGAAAUGACUCCAUUUGGGACUGUUUUAGGAAAUACUGGUAACAAAAGUGCGCCACGAGUGGAUCAGACACUCUCAGAAUUUGAAAAAUAUCUUGAGGCUCAGUCAAAAUUGCAGCAGACACAAAGGAAGAAAGUUCUGUUGAAAAAGAAAGCUCUCAGCUUAAAUUGUGAAGAGGCAGCUAUUCAAGAAGGAAAAUCAGUGACUCCUAAGAAGAAGUCAUCACCUCUGAAGAAAAGUAUUCUCCUACCAAAGAAAAGAAAGAAAAAAGAAAAACUUGGUUCUUCAACUAGUGAAGAUUAUCAGGACCAGUUAAAGAGGCCAGGAAAGCUGCUAUCUGAGAAGACUGCACUCGAAGAUAGUGAUGAGGGUAGUGAAUACAUACCAUCAGAAGAUGAAUUACGGGAAGCAGAAGAUGAUGAGAAGAAAACGAGAAAAUGGGAAGCACCAUCACUGCAUCAUGUAAAGAAACGCCGACGACAGAAACUUAUUUCACCACCUGAAGAAUGGUGUUCUGAUGACAGCGACUGGGAUUAUUCUGAUGAAGAACGAAGACUGAAAAAAAGGAAGAGAAGUAAGAAAGAGAUAGAUGAUGGGAAUGCAGAUGAUUACAUGGAGCGUUUGAAGCUGUGGGAAAAGACACGUACUGAGGAAACUGUCAGAGGAGAUCAAGAGUUGGAGGGUGGUUACAGGAUUCCUAAGUUCCUUUGGAACAAGCUAUAUAAUUACCAAAAAGUUGGUGUACAGUGGCUGUGGGAAUUGAAUCUGCAACGAUGUGGAGGUAUUCUAGGUGAUGAGAUGGGACUAGGGAAAACAGUGCAAGUCAUUGCUUUUCUGGCAGGCCUUGCACAUAGUAAAUUAGUUGCACGUCAUGGUGGCUAUCGAGGUUUGGGACCUGUUUUGAUUGUGUGUCCGACCACUGUUAUGCAUCAGUGGGUGCGAGAAUUUCAUACUUGGUGGCCACCAUUCCGAGUAGCUGUGCUGCACGAGUCUGGUUCUUUUGAUGGACGAAGGGAGUCACUGAUUGGUAUAAUAAAUUCGAAUAAGGGAAUACUUGUUACAUCAUAUGUUGGUGUUGUACAGCACAAGGAUGCCCUGACAGCCAAGAACUGGCACUAUGUAAUACUUGAUGAAGGCCACAAAAUUAGAAACCCUGAUGCACAGGUUACACUUGCAGUAAAAAUGUUCCGUACGCCUCAUCGUAUUAUUUUGUCUGGGUCACCAAUGCAAAAUAGUUUGAAAGAAUUGUGGUCUCUCUUUGAUUUUGUGUUUCCUGGUAAAUUAGGCACUCUUCCAGUGUUUCUGGCACAGUUAGCUGUUCCAAUUACACAAGGUGGAUAUGCGAAUGCUUCAGAGGUACAGGUUGCAACUGCGUACCGCUGUGCAACAGUAUUGCGAGACACCAUUUCACCAUAUCUUCUACGACGCAUGAAAAGUGAUGUGAAGGCACACAUCCGUUUGCCUCAAAAAACUGAACAUGUUCUUUUCUGUCGGCUUACUGAUGAACAGCGUCAAUAUUACAAAGCUUAUUUGGACUCUGGGGAAGUGGAACGCAUACUUCAAGGCUAUACCAAAGUUUUCCUUGGCCUUAUAAAUCUCCGUAAAAUCUGCAACCAUCCAGAUUUGUACUCUGGAGGACCUAAACUUUUCAGAGGUGAAAAUGAAGAAGAUGUGCCAGAAGAGCAAAGAUAUGGUCACUGGAAGAAAUCUGGUAAAAUGAUUGUCAUUGAAUCACUUCUGAAAAUUUGGAAGAAACAGGGGCAUCGAGUAUUGCUUUUUACCCAGAGCCGUCAGAUGCUUUGUGUUCUGGAAUCAUUUGUUCAGAAGCAAGGAUAUAAGUACCUGAAGUUGGAUGGUGGUACAUCAAUUGCAGCACGACAGCCACUUAUAACAAAGUACAAUGAGGACAAAUCAUACUUCCUGUUCUUGCUAACAACACGUGUUGGUGGCCUAGGUGUAAAUCUUACUGGAGCCAAUAGAGUGGUAAUCUACGAUCCAGACUGGAAUCCGGCCACUGACACUCAGGCCAGGGAACGAGCAUGGCGAAUUGGUCAGCAGAACAAUGUUACAGUGUACAGGCUAGUGACAGCUGGUACAAUAGAAGAGAAGGUUUACCACCGCCAGAUUUUUAAGCAGUUUCUUACCAAUAAAGUCCUACAGGAUCCAAGACAAAGACGAUUCUUCAAGUCUAAUGAUCUGUUUGAACUAUUCACACUAAAAGAAACAGAUGUAGAAGGAAGUACAGAAACCUCCGCCAUCUUUGCUGGCACAGGUUCUGAAGUGAAAGUCAACUUAAAGAAGGAUAAGAAGAUACUGAAUCACAAAAUGCAGAAAUACAGUGAUAGUGUGGUUCCCAGAAAACCAGGAGAUUAUCAUAAAAGUGAUUUGUCAGUCCCACUUUCUCAGUCCAAGUUAAAUUAUAUGAAAGAAUUAGCCCAGAAACUAAGCAAAAAGAUAGGGAGCUCCGCUGGAACAAACUUUGGUGGAACUCCCACUAGUCCUGGUGCCAGUAAAGAACAGAGUGAAAAAGAAUCACAGAUUAAAGAAGCAUCUGACACUAAAAAUACAUCACAACUGCUGCAGAAUAAUCAAAAAGAGAAUGACAACAGUACAUUUUCAAGUUUGGGUGAGAAAGACCAAGAUGAAGUAUUUAUCAGUAAACAAGUUGAGCUGGAGAAAACCAAAUUUGAAAAAGGACAUUCUAGUAAGAUGGAAGAUUCAUGUAUGCAGAAUCUGGGUGAUAACAUAAAUGCAUUAAAGGAAGAGGGGACUGAUAGAAAAAUAGUUAUAAAUGUUGAUGCAGAGCACUCUUCUAGCAAAAUAAAAGAGAAAGCAAUGAAACACAAGAGAGAAGAAUCACAGAAGAAACAUAAACACAAACAUAAGCAUAAAAAGAAACAUUCAGAUGUAUUUGAAGGAGAAAGAGUUCCACAUCUUGUUGGUCAAGGUGAAACAAAACCAUCAACACCCUCUGAUGAAGAAGAUACUCAUGCUCAGCAAGAUGAUUAUGUGCUGAAACAACUCUUCAAAAAGUCAGGACUGCAAACAGCAUUACAUCACGAUCGCAUAAUGGAAGGCAGUGAAGCAGAUUACUCAUUGGUAGAGGGUGAAGCUCAGCGUGUAGCAAAGGAAGCAGUUAAAGCACUGAAGGAAUCACGGCAGCAGUGUUUCAAUGCUGGUCUGGGUAUGCCUACAUGGACAGGGCAGCAUGGUGUCAUUCGAGUUCCUGGGAAAAAGCCAUGUCUCCAAUUUGGCAAGAAGAAGAAGAGUGCAGAAAUGUCUUCCUCUCCGGCAAGUACUUCAAAAGCUGGUUUAGAGUCAAAACCAUCUAAUGCAUUCACUGGCAAACUAAAAUCUGGACAAGGAAAUAUGUCUUCAGGUGAGCUUCUAGCUCGCAUUCGAGCCCGUAAUCGACUUUUGACACCAGCUAAUGAUUCACAAGAAGAAGGACAGCAACAAAUAGUGCAGCCAACAACAUCGAGUGACGAUCCAAAUGUUGAGCUGUUGACUGACAUUAGAAAUUUCAUAGCAUACGGAGCAGCAGUAAAUGGCAGAGCUUCAACACAGGAAAUAGUUGAUAGGUUCAAAGACAGACUUCCUCCUGGUUCUUCUCCACUUUUCAAGUUCCUGCUGCAAGAAAUAAGUGAAUUUCAUAGGACUCAAAGUGGAGAAGGUGUCUGGAAGUUACGAGCAGAAUUCAAGUGGACAUAAUUGUAACCACUAUUCAUCACAGCGCAGUCAGGAUUGUAAAGUUAUAUUUUUAUUUUAUUUGGGCAACACAUGGAGCUUUGGGUUAAAACAGUACAAUACAUUCCAAAGAGUAAUGCAUUAUAUUUUUGUGCAUUUUAAAAAUAUUUCACAGUUCAUAGGAUGUAAAUGUUAGAAGGUUGUUUGUUAUUAGGAAUUCACACAUUUCCUUUAUUUCGUGUCAUUCUCCAGUCUUCUUUCACUGUGAUUCAACAGUCCUCAGUCUUACCAACACUGAAAAAAAAAUUGUCUCACAUUCUAUUGUAGUUUUAUCGACUUUUGUUAUUUAACUGGAUUUUUAUAAUUUUAUUGUGUUACAAGGAAAAGAUUUUAGUGAUCUAGCAUUUUGUAUAUGUUUAUUUUUGUUGAACAUAUGUGGUUGUGAACUUCUGUACUCAUAUCCAUAAUUGCUCACGACAUGGCAGAACUACUGACAUGAGAGAGAGGGAUUGAAACCCACUAAUAGUAAGGUGAAUGACUGCGAGACUUGUAUUAUUAUAGGGUUGAAGUCAAAGACAAAUUUCCUCCAGUUUCUUCUUCAAUAUUCAAGUUCUUCUGCAAGAAAUGGUGAGUCUAUAGGCCCCCAAGUGGAUAAAAAGUUGUGAAAUUUGUCACCAAAUGUGUGUAAAUCAAAAGAAGUAAAGAGUUAUACUUGUCACUUGAAGGGAUUAUAAAAUGGGAGUGCAUUCAGUGCACUACACUAUUGCUGAGCAAUAGUUCAUAAGAAUUGCCUUCUUCUAGUCAAUCUCCAUAUAUUUUUAAAUUCUUCCUUGCCCAUUAAAUAAGUCAGAAUAUAUAUUAUAAUUUAUUUAUACUCACAGAUUAAUUAAAAAUAUUUUUUAUCUUUACUGAGAGAUGUUAGAAAGAUUAUCAGUAUUAUUUUUUUGUCACUAUAUCUUUAUUUCCUACUUCAUCAGUUGAGUUGCAGCUGUAUAUUUUAUUGCUAUCAAACUAAGAUUUUGAACUGCAAAC